CGGUCGGCGCCGGGGGAGCGGCAGCCAUUGUCCGCGGCCGAGGUGAGGCCUUAGGCCGGCUGUGGGGUUGCUGUCGCCGCCGCCGCGGGGACGAAGGGUCGACAGAGGCGGCAAAGAGAGGCGGCGCUGCGGUCGGGGCCGGCGCGGCGCCAGGGCGGGUCCUGCGCCUGCCCUUCCCGCGCCGGCUUCGCAACCCCGUUGCUCUCGGCCCGCCCGCCCGCCUCCCACCUACGGGCGCGCGGCCUCGUCGGGCCGGGUGGGAUCCGGGGAGCCCUGGAGGUCGGGCCCGGCGCGCCUUUGUCCCCGAGGUCGCGCGUGGGACUCACAAGCGCACGGCUGGGCCAGACUUCGACACGGGACAAAAGCCAGACGCCCCAGGCGAAGCGACCUCGACCCCGCUGAGUCGUCUUCCAAGGGUGGGGGGACCGGUGGCUGUAAGCCAGGUUGGGAAUUGCAGUGUUCCUGGUCAAGCCCCCAGUCAGGUCAGUCCUGAUCAAUCCUUCAGGAUGGCUGCCAUCAACCCAUGGGCCUCCUGGGGUGCCCUUACGGACCAGUCUUGGGGGAUGGCAGCUAUUGAUCCGUGGGCCUCCUGGGCUCUGUGUUCUCAGGACCCUGCCUGGCAUGUGGAGGGAAGUCGCGAGGAGGAGAGGAGGGCCACUGGGCUCCCAACAGCCCAGGUCCAGGAACCAGUGACCUUCAAGGAUGUGGCUGUGGACUUCACCCAAGAAGAGUGGGGACAGCUGGACCUUGUUCAGAGGACCUUGUACCGUGAUGUGAUGCUGGAAACCUAUGGGCACCUGCUUUCUGUGGGGAAUCAGAUCACCAAGCCUGAGGUCAUCUCCCUGUUGGAGCAAGGAGAAGAGCCAUGGUCGGUGGAGCAAGCAUAUCCUCAAAGCACUUGUCCAGAAUGGAUGCGAAAUCUUGAAAGCAAAGCAUUGAUCCCAACACAGAGCAUUUUUGAGGAAGAACAAUCCCAUGGCAUGAAGUUGGAAAGAUACAUAUGGAAUGAUCCUUGGUUCUCCAGGUUACAAGUUUUGGGAUGUAAAGACCAAUUAGAAAUGUACCACAUGAACCAGAGUACAGCUAUGAGGCAAAUGGUCUUCAUGCAAAAGCAAGUACUGUCUCAAAGAAGCUCUGAAUUCUCUGAACUUGGGGCAGAGUGUAGCCAGAACUUAAACUUUGUUCCAUCUCAGGGAGUUUCUCAGAUAGAACAUUUCUAUAAGCCUGAUAUACAUGCUGAAAAUUGGAGAUGUAACUCAGCCAUAAUGUAUGCAGAUAAGAUUACCUAUGAAAAUAAUGAUUAUGACAAAGGCUUCUACCAAUCCAUUCAGCCUAUUCACCCUGUAAGAGUGCAAUCCGGAGAUAAUCUUUUCAAAUGUACUGAUGCUGUUAAAUCUUUCAAUCAUAUAAUACAUUUUGGUGAUCAUAAAGGAAUGCAUGCUGGAGAAAAACUCUAUGAAUAUAAGGAAUGCCAUCAAAUCUUUAACCAGAGCCCAUCAUUUAAUGAACAUCCAAGACUUCAUAUUGGAGAAAACCAGUAUGAUUACAAAGAAUAUGAGAAUAUCUUUUACUUCUCAUCCUUUAUGGAGCAUCAAAAAAUUGGUACUGUAGAGAAAACAUAUAAAUGCAAUGAGUGGGAAAAAGUCUUUGGGUAUGACUCAUUCCUUACUCAACAUACAAGUGCUUACACUGCAGAGAAACCCUAUGAAUAUAAUGAAUGUGGUACGUCUUUCAUCUGGAGCUCUUACCUUAUUCAACAUAAGAAAACUCAUACUGGAGAGAAACCCUAUGAAUGUGAUAAAUGUGGAAAAGUUUUUAGGAAUCGUUCAGCCCUUACUAAACAUGAACGGACUCACACUGGAAUAAAACCCUAUGAAUGUAAUAAAUGUGGAAAAGCCUUCAGCUGGAAUUCUCAUCUUAUUGUACAUAAGAGAAUUCAUACAGGAGAAAAACCUUAUGUAUGUAAUGAAUGUGGGAAAUCUUUCAACUGGAACUCCCAUCUUAUUGGACAUCAGAGAACUCAUACUGGAGAGAAACCCUUUGAAUGUACUGAAUGUGGGAAAUCUUUCAGCUGGAGCUCCCAUCUUAUUGCCCAUAUGAGAAUGCAUACUGGAGAGAAGCCCUUUAAAUGUGAUGAAUGUGAAAAGGCUUUUAGAGAUUACUCAGCCCUUAGUAAACAUGAACGAACUCACUCUGGAGCAAAACCAUAUAAAUGUACUGAAUGUGGAAAAUCCUUUAGCUGGAGCUCCCAUCUUAUUGCCCAUCAGAGAACUCACACAGGAGAGAAACCCUAUAACUGUCAAGAAUGUGGCAAAGCAUUCAGAGAACGUUCAGCCCUCACUAAACAUGAAAUAAUUCAUUCUGGAAUUAAACCCUACGAAUGUAAUAAAUGUGGAAAAUCUUGUAGCCAGAUGGCUCACCUUGUUAGGCAUCAAAGGACUCAUACUGGAGAAAAACCCUAUGAAUGCAAUAAAUGUGGAAAAUCCUUCAGUCAGAGCUGUCACCUUGUUGCUCAUCGGAGAAUUCACACUGGUGAGAAACCAUAUAAAUGUAAUCAGUGUGAAAGAUCUUUUAACUGUAGCUCUCACCUUAUUGCACACCGGAGAACUCAUACUGGAGAGAAACCAUACAGGUGUAAUGAAUGUGGAAAAGCAUUUAAUGAAAGUUCUUCCCUUAUUGUACACCUGAGAAACCAUACUGGAGAAAAGCCCUACAAAUGUAAUCAUUGUGAGAAAGCUUUCUGUAAGAAUUCUUCUCUUAUUAUUCAUCAGAGAAUGCAUAGUGGAGAGAAACGCUUUAUAUGCAAUGAAUGUGGAAAAGCCUUUAGUGGGCACUCAGCCCUACUUCAACACCAGAGAAAUCACAACGAAGAGAAACUGAAUUGAAUUGAUGAGAGGUUUUUCUUUUAUUGUACAUUUGAUAAUACUUUGAAAAAACCCUAUAAGAAUAAUCAAGAGGGGAAAAUUUUCAUUAAGAGUUCAGUGAGACUUCUGCCCUUAUUAUUUAAUAGGAAAUGUCUUAGAAGAUAUCCUAUGAAUGAAAGGAAUAGGGAAAAGCUUUCAGCGGUUAUGUAGCCCUAAUUCAACAUCAAAUAAUUACAGUGAAGGAAACUUUAAACUCCCCUUACGGUCCACCAGGAAUACAUACUUGAGGAACAUGACCGUGGGGAAUGAGGCAUCUUUUAGCAAGAGCUCUUACCUAUUCGUAGAUCACCAUGAAUUAAGGGAAAAAACUCUUAUGUCGAGAAAAGUGUUUUGACUGGAGAUACACUGAUUUUCAUCAUGCUGGAGUAUUGGGUGGAAAACUUUACAAUAAUAACAUUUUGUGCAUAAUUAUAGAUUUUGCCACUAUAAGGGAAGAAUCUAGGUGCCCUUUAAGGAAUAGAAUAUGAAAUACUAAAUCUGAAUUUAAGAAAAGAAUAGUAUUGAAUGGUGUAUUUACUGCUGAUCAAGAUUAACCUUAGAAAAGAUUAGUAAAUGAGAUUACUAAUGGUGGAAAAAUUAUUGCCUAUAGGUAUGAGACUGAUGUGGGAGCAAAAGGUGAUACUUGAUAACCCAGUGUGUCAGUGUCCAUUGUUUAUUCACUGCAUUGUUGGACAAUUACUUUGUAAUUUGUUUUAGGCAGUCAUUAUAAAUUAUAAUUAUGGACAUGCAUCAGUACACAUUACAUGAAGGAGUAAAAAACACAGAAUUGUAUUUACAUAUUUGCUAUAACAGAUCUAAAAAGGUAUAUGGAUAAGGAUCUGAAAGAUUUAUAGAGAAAUUAACCCAGUUAAUUUAAGAUUUUUUUUACGGUUUCACAAAUUCAUAUAGCACUCAUCAUGUGCUAGGCUUUGUUUUAAAUGCUUUCCAAGUAUUAGCUUGUUCAAACCCCUUAACUCUAUGAGGUAGACACAUUACUAUCCCAGUUUAAUAAUGGGGAAACUGAAACAGAAGUGUUGAGGAAUCUGAUCAAGGACCUCAGUUAAUGAGGAGUGGAGCUGAGAUUGUUUAGCUCCAGAGUUCCAUGUUUUUAACGAAUAUGUUAUGCUUCCUCCCCAGUGAUUUUUGUCCUUAAUUUUUCCUUCUGUUCAGUGUUUUUGUAGUAGGGAUUUGAUAAUAAAAAGAAAAUCCUAAACAAUGAGAAAUUAAGUUACCUUGUCCCUCUGACCUAAAAGACUUCUGGUAACACAAGAGUUAAGAUCCUUUUGGAAUAUGAAGAAGUCUGGAUUGGACAUUUAGAAUCACUGCAUUUUCUUGGACCUGAAUUCCCUAGGAUUUCACUGCCCACAACCCUGAGGAUUAUAGGCCAUGGAGGAGGACUCAGUGGAGGUCUACGCAAGCCCCUUUAUGGGUUUAAAAUGCCCCUGAUAAAGCAGAGGGCGAGGGUGUUUGUUCUUUUACGCAGACACAACUGCAUGUUGGAGCACCAUUUCUCAAGGUCUCCCUUGAAUUCAUUGUUUAAUUUUUCCUUAUUUUCCCCAGAUGAAAAGAUUGCUUGAUAGGGCAGUGGAGAAGAGAAGGGAGAUAGCCAAUCCACCUAGAGUGAGGAAGUCUCUGAGUAUUCACAGGAGAAAAAGGGUAAGAUGGAUCAGAAAACUCAGAUAGCUUCUGUCCAAUUCAUAAAUAUUUCCUAUAUUUUCCCUGGAGUGGGGCUCUAACUAGGGGCCAAGGAUCCUUCCUAGAUAGGCUUCAAGAGUGUUGAAUAGAAAUCUGGGGUACAUAAGGUUAUUCCAAUUCUCAAGGGGUCCAUGACUCCCUGGUGGUUGAGAAAUGAUGGUUUACUGGUGUCGUGGGGAGGCUGUGUUCACCCUCUGACUUCUAUUUGAUUCCUUACCUUUCAGGGACUGAUACCAUUGGUGGUUGAAUGUUGUAGGAGCAAAU